UGGGACCUGGUUGUUGUCAGAAAUAAAUGUGACCUGUACUCAUAUCCUAAUUAACCUUUCAAUCACUAAUAGAAUCCAUUUAUAAUUAACCUUUAGAUUAGUUUCAAUAUACAAUGGCACCAUUUAUAUAUCUUACGUAUAUAAUAUUGAUUCCCCUUAAUAUUAUUAAUAUUUUUUGAUAUUUAUUUGUAAAAUUUAAAAUGAAAUGAGUAAUUUCUAGGAUUUUCCUACACAUGUAUAUUAUCUUUUCAUAUUACUCACCUUUUCCAUUUUUUCUAAUAAAUUUGUUUUUUUGUAAGUGCCUUCUCCUAAAUAAUAUCUUCGGGGUUUCAAAUAAAUUUAAAGAUCGAAAUUUUAAUCUUUUUUUCUUAAACCAUACAAGAAAUUUAUCGCAAACUUACAAUUUAAAAGAGGUUCAAAAGUGUACACUACCUUCUAAAUCAAAAAAACUGAACUCUCAACUAAAUUCAGUCCAUACUGAUACACAUACGAUCGAUGAUGACGUUGCUAGGAUUUUAUUUGGUCUAGACGACCCUCUUGAGAUUGGUCGUACCUAUAUAAACUCUGAGGGCAAGAUAAUAAAUAAGAAAAAGAGUUUGUACUCAAUUGGUGAUUUAUCUCAUGUGGACGACUUCUUUGAGGGUAAAUUUCGUGUAGAAUGGACUGUUAGAGGUGUUAAAGAGAAACUCCAAUAUCGAUAUAGAGAUAGUCACACACUACCUCUUACAACUAGUAGAUUCAGUUUAGCUGGAAUUAAGGGGUUUGUUCUUAGACUUUGGCUAGACGGUCAUAAAGGAUCCAAAAAGGGGCAUAUAGCCAUGAGUCUGGUACAACAGGAGCACUGGACUUCUUUAGACUCUCCGAUUUGUUUAUUUGCUGGGAAAAUAGUUAAAGGGCCUUUUUUCUAUAGAUCCCCUGAGUAUACCCAGUGUUCUAAAUCUUUUUGUCCACUUGAAGACGUUGUUGAAAAUAACACCAUUAAACUAGGAGUAAUGAUCGCAAAGCGUGAGGAUAACUCUAUUAACUCUAAACCUCCCUAACUCAUUUUAACCCACC